UUAUGUGUUCAUAUUUCUUAACUAACUAGUCCUACUUUUCUUUUGUAAUUUUUUUCCUUGGAAUUAAUCCUCCAGGCAGCUCUAGAAGCAGCAAGGGUUCUGAAUCUUAAGAGCAAUAAAUAUUUCUCAGGACCAUAUGGCGAGGAUGUCAUUUUUGUCGCUAAUGAUUAGCACACCGCCCUUAUCUCUUGCUACAUGAAAUCUAUUUACCAGUCAAUUGGCGUCUUUAGAAAUGCUCGAGUUGUCUUUUGUAUCCACAACAUUGCUUACCAGGGAAGAUUUGCAUUCACGGAUUAUGCUCUUCUUAAUCUCCCUGACCAAUUUAAAAGCUCCUUUGACUUCCUUGAUGGGCAUCUUAAACCAAUUAUUGGAAGAAAAAUCAAUUGGAUGAAAGCUGGAAUUUUAGAAUCUCAACUGGUUUUAACUGUUAGUCCAUACUACGCUCAAGAACUAGUGUCAGGCCCAGAUAAAGGAGUUGAAUUGGACAACAUUCUUCGUCAAACUGGUGUUACUGGAAUUGUUAAUGGCAUGGAUGUUCAGGAGUGGAAUCCAUCCACUGACAAAUAUAUAACAGUCAAAUACGAUGCUUCAACGGAAUUGGAAAGAAAGGCUCUUCUGAAAGAAGCACUCCAAGCAGAAGUUGGAUUGCCAGUUGACAUAAAUAUUCCUCUCAUUGCUUUCAUUGGUAGACUUGAAGAGCAAAAAGGUUCUGAUAUUCUUGUAGCAGCCAUUCCUCAAUUUAUUAAGGAGGAUGUUCAAAUAGUAGCCCUAGGGACAGGAAAAAAAGAAAUGGAAAAGCAACUUGAGCAACUUGAAAUAUCAUACCUUGACAAAGCCAGAGGAGUUGCAAAAUUCAAUGUUCCCCUAGCUCACAUGAUAAUUGCAGGAGCUGAUUUUAUAUUGAUUCCUAGUAGAUUUGAGCCUUGUGGUCUCAUUCAGUUACAAGCUAUGCGCUAUGGAACUGUACCUAUUGUUGCCUCAACAGGUGGAUUAGUGGACACAGUCAAAGAAGGUUUCACGGGAUUUCAGAUGGGUUCCUUCAAUGUCGAAUGUGAUGCUGUGGAUCCUGUGGAUGUUGAUGCUCUAGCAAAGACUGUCAUCAAGGCCCUUGCUGUCUAUGGAACAGUAGCUUUUGCAGAAAUGAUCAAGAAUUGCAUGGCUCAAGAUCUUUCAUGGAAGGGACCUGCUAAAAAGUGGGAGGAAGUGCUGUUAAGCUUGGCAGUUCCUGGAAGUGAACCUGGAUUUGAUGGAGAAGAAAUUGCUCCACAGGCAAAGGAAAAUGUGGCAGCUCCAUGAUGAGAUUGAGGACAAAGAUGUGAGUGAAGCUUCUGCUAGUCUCAAUCUCUGGAAGUUUCUAGGAACUUCACCUUAGUGAUGGAAUGAUUACCCUCUACACUGCAGUAGAUUAUUUAUAAAUGCAUGUUUUCAAGAUUAGCAUAGUAUUUCUUAGAACAACGAGUUAAAACCUGUGUAUCUAUCCACCUACCUUGGAUAGCUUAAUUUUUCUUCUGCAUUAGAACUUUCCUCAACGGUGAAUAAGCUGGAUAACCCUUCUUUA